AUGGAGUCUAACGAAGAAGAAUUAGCUGAUUCUCUUAAUAAUCACAAAAUACAAUUAAAAGCAGUAGAAGACCUUUUAAUGAUAAAACCUUCUGAUGAACUAGUAGAAUUGAAAGAGGACAUCAUGCAGUUGAUCAAGUUAACUGAAGAAAGCCUGUUAGCUUUGAAAAAAAGUAACCUUUUAGCUUUUGUGGAUGCUAAUGAAAGUGCUGUACAAACCUUAGACAUUGAAAGAGAGGACUCAGUAUUUACAGAAAGCAAGGAUCAUUUAGAUGAUGACGACGACGACGACGAUGAUAAUGACGACGACGACGAUGAUGAUAAACUUGAUGGGUUAUACGGUUUAAAAUGCAGAGUACCUUAUUUCCAUAGUUGGGGAGAGAUGAGUUAUCAAAAUGCUUUUGUGUUCUGUCGGGAGCCGCAGAAAGAUAAGGUUAGAGUGCUUUUCUGUAAUCCCACUCACGAUUCCAUGAAACUCUGUCCAUACUUCAUUGAAGGUAGAUGUAAAUUCAAAGAUUCCCAAUGCAGGUCAUUAAAGGUAGGCAGCAAAUGUCUUGGAAAGGAUAGUGACGAGUUGUGGCGUCCGGGUGUUGUCGUUGACAUCAUUCGGUCUGGAGAAAAUGAUUGCGAUGAUCAAAAGGUUGAAGAGGCAGAUGUUAAGAUCAAAAUUAUGUUUGAUGGCCACCACAUUGUGCAGUUUGAUUUGCACGAUGUUUUACCUAUUGAUGAUAACAUAGAUAACAUAGAUGAGAUGAGCACAGACAAUGAAAUUAGUGAAUCAGCAACACUUACUUGUAACAGAGAGGCAGAAGAUCUGAAAAUUCAAACAUCUGAAAAGUUGGGUUCGUGGGAGCAGCACACGAGAGGGAUAGGUUCGAAGUUGAUGUUGAAGAUGGGAUAUAUUAUUGGAGAGGGGUUGGGAAAAAACAGUGACGGAAGAUCUCUUCCUGUGCCAGUAAAUAUUCUUCCAGCUGGCAAAUCAUUGGAUAAAAUAAUGGAGAUGAAAGAAAGGUAUAAUGGGUAUUUAUCAGCUCAUGCGCUCGAUAAAAAACCGUCAAAGAAUUCGAAACAUCAUUUUAAAAAACCGUCUACAAAUAUUUUCGAUGUUUUAAAUAAAAAAGUAUUUGAUCAGAGGCAUGUAAAACACAAAAAACAAUCGUGGCAAAUUAAAGGCCAUCAACGAAAACAUAUAUCCGCAGAGGAAUUAAAUAAGAAAUCAGACAAAGAUAUAAACAUUCAAUUGAUGGAGACAGCUGACGAAUUGCGGAGAUCGAACGAGGAAAUGCAGAAACUGAAAAUGAGUCUGGAGAGAAACAUUCUGAGGGGGGAUAAAAUCGUCUCUAAAAAAAUAGAAGAGAAGAUUCAAAGUCUUACGAAUUACCAAUCACUUUUAAAUACAUCAGAAAUGUUCAUGAACAAGCAGAAGAAAUCUAGAAAAACAAUGGAAGAAUUGACCAAAUUUUAGUUAAUUGAAUGUAAUAUAUUUGUUUUUUUAUA